GCCGGCCCGCGGAGGGAGGGGCUGGGGGCGACGCCCCCUCCCCCAUCGCGGCUUCAGUUUCCGGGGGGGUUGACACCCCGGAUUCCAGGCUCCCCCCCGCAGCCAAGCUGAGGGCAACAUUGGAGCCCCCCACCGCUCCGCGAUCCAGGUUCUGCACCGCGGUCUCCCCGCACCGCCGGCGGCCACGCCCCUGACCGGCCACGCCCGCGUCCUGCCCGAGGCUGGCGCCGGGUUCACCGAGCUCCGGAGCUCACGAGAACUUCGCCGGAAGGGGAGGUGGGAAGAGUGUGCGGCAGGCUUGGAGGAGAUGGCGCCUGCACACCUUCCAACCUUCCUCUUUCCCGGGACUCUUCAAACCACUGCGCUGCCAGCUGGCUCGAAGACAUGGCGGGCUGCCGCUUCUCUGUGGUUCUAUGCGGCACUCAUCUGCCUGGCGACCGACGCCUUCGAAACGGAUUUUGUGACGUCAUCCCUCAGGCCGGCCAAUAGCAAGCGCUCCCGCGAAGAGGCGGUCCGCCCUCUUCGACUGUGCUUCUUCACGCGCGUGAGCGAGCGAGCGCGCGCGGAGGGGGCGGGGGAAAUCUCGAGAAGGGUGGCGCGCAUGAGCGGCGAGGCUCCGCCCCCCCGUCUAUAUAUAAAGGGCUGGCGCGGGGCUCGGCGGCGCCAUUUCGCGCUGGAGUGGAGCAGCCUCUAGAAGGAGCUGGAGGAUUCUGCCUACCGACCCCAGAGCCUUGAGUCUGCGGGGGCCGCCAUUACAAUCCACGUCCAUCCGCUUGGAAAUGGCCUUCGUCUUGGCCCAUGACCGGUCCCGGCGGACAGUGCAGACCCUAUAGAAGCCCCCGAAGCGUCCCUUUUUCGGGCCCCGCCCAAUUUCGGAGUCUGUCCACCCCCUCUACUCCGCCCUCAAGAGGAUUUCAAAGAUGGAGGAGGCGGCUCCCUGAGCCACUUUUCGCGUUCAUCCGCCUCCAUCCGAGGUGGAACCGGGACUUUACACGCCCCGGCGGUCCCGACUGGAAGAGAGGAUCCCAGCCGAGUGGCCGCGGGCGGUAUUGACGGCGGUGUCUGGCGUCGGGGACUGUCUGGAUUCGGAGACUACGUCCUGCUCGCUGGCUCGACGGAGGCCGCCGCCAUUUUCUUGCCGUCCGCCGCCCGCAGAGCGCGCCAAGCUGCCGGGAGUCGUGCGAGGCGCGGCGGCGGAGACUCGUCUGGAGGCCCCAGGGCAGCGGCCUCCCCCCACUUCCCGGGGUAUGCUGGACCGGGCGGUGAGGGGAACCGAGGCCACCCGGACUUGACGCGGCUGAGAACGGCGCCGGCUCCCCGGGGUCAAGAUGCUGCAGAACGUGACUCCCCACAAGCUUCCUGGGGAAGGGAAUGCAGGGUUACUGGGGUUGGGCCCAGAGGCAGCAGCACCAGGGAAAAGGAUUCGAAAGCCUUCUCUGUUGUAUGAGGGAUUUGAGAGCCCUACAAUGGCUUCUGUACCAGCAUUGCAACUGACCCCUGCCAACCCACCACCCCCUGAGGUAUCCAACCCCAAAAAGCCGGGAAGGGUAACUAACCAGCUGCAGUACCUGCACAAGGUGGUGAUGAAGGCUCUAUGGAAACACCAGUUUGCAUGGCCAUUCCGACAGCCUGUGGAUGCUGUAAAACUGGGUCUACCGGAUUAUCACAAAAUUAUAAAGCAGCCUAUGGACAUGGGUACUAUCAAGAGGAGACUUGAAAACAAUUAUUACUGGGCUGCCUCAGAAUGUAUGCAGGACUUUAAUACCAUGUUCACCAACUGUUACAUUUACAACAAGCCUACCGAUGAUAUUGUCCUAAUGGCACAAACACUGGAAAAGAUCUUCUUACAGAAAGUGGCAUCAAUGCCACAAGAGGAACAAGAGCUUGUGGUGACCAUCCCUAAGAACAGCCAUAAGAAGGGGGCCAAGCUGGCAGCACUCCAGGGCAGUAUUACCAGUGCCCAUCAGGUGCCUGCUGUCUCUUCUGUGUCACACACGGCCCUGUAUACACCACCCCCUGAGAUACCUACAACUGUCCUCAACAUUCCCCACCCAUCUGUCAUCUCUUCUCCACUUCUAAAGUCCCUGCAUUCUGCUGGACCCCCGCUCCUUGCUGUCUCUACAGGUCCCCCAGCUCAGCCCCUUGCCAAGAAAAAAGGUGUUAAACGGAAAGCAGAUACUACCACCCCUACACCUACAGCCAUCCUGGCUCCUGGAUCCCCAGCCAGCCCCCCUGGUGGCCUUGAGCCAAAAGCAGCACGGCUUCCCCCUAUGCGCAGAGAGAGUGGCCGCCCCAUCAAGCCCCCACGAAAAGACUUGCCUGACUCUCAGCAACAGCACCAGAGCUCCAAGAAAGGAAAGCUCUCAGAACAGUUAAAACAUUGCAAUGGCAUUUUGAAGGAAUUGCUCUCAAAGAAGCAUGCUGCCUAUGCCUGGCCUUUCUAUAAACCAGUGGAUGCUUCUGCUCUUGGCCUGCAUGAUUACCAUGACAUCAUUAAGCACCCCAUGGACCUCAGCACUGUCAAGCGGAAGAUGGAGAACCGUGACUACCGGGACGCACAGGAGUUUGCUGCUGACGUGCGGCUCAUGUUCUCCAACUGCUAUAAGUACAAUCCCCCCGAUCAUGAUGUCGUAGCCAUGGCACGAAAGUUACAGGAUGUAUUUGAGUUCCGCUAUGCCAAGAUGCCAGAUGAGCCACUGGAACUAGGGCCUUUACCAGUCUCGACUGCUUUGGUCCCAGGACUGGCCAAGUCAUCUUCAGAAUCUUCUAGUGAAGAAAGCAGCAGUGAGAGUUCCUCUGAGGAAGAGGAAGAAGAGGAGGAUGAUGAUGAAGAGGAAGAAGAAGAGAGUGAAAGCUCAGACUCUGAGGAGGAAAGGGCUCAUCGCUUGGCAGAACUACAGGAACAGCUUAGGGCAGUACAUGAACAACUGGCUGCCCUGUCCCAAGGCCCAAUCUCUAAGCCCAAGCGGAAAAGAGAGAAAAAAGAGAAGAAGAAGAAACGGAAGGCAGAGAAGCAUCGGGGCCGGGCAGGGUUAGAUGAUGACGACAAGGGGUCUCGGGCACCCCGCCCACCUCAGCCCAAGAAGUCCAAGAAAGCAAGUGGGGGUGGCAGUGCUGCUGCCCUAGGUCUUCCUGGCUUUGGACCUUCUGGAGGAAGUAGCAGCAAGCUACCCAAAAAGGCCACAAAGACAGCCCCACCUAUGCUGCCUGCUGGUUACGAUUCAGAGGAGGAGGAAGAGAGCAGACCCAUGAGUUACGACGAGAAGAGGCAGCUGAGCCUGGAUAUCAAUAAAUUACCUGGGGAGAAGCUGGGUCGAGUUGUACAUAUCAUCCAAGCCAGAGAGCCCUCUUUACGUGACUCAAACCCAGAAGAAAUUGAGAUUGAUUUUGAAACGCUCAAGCCGUCCACACUUAGAGAGCUUGAGCGCUAUGUCCUGUCCUGCCUGCGGAAGAAGCCCCGGAAGCCCUACACUAUUAAGAAACCUGUGGGAAAGACAAAGGAGGAGCUAGCUUUGGAGAAGAAGCGGGAACUAGAAAAGCGGUUACAGGAUGUCAGCGGACAGCUUAAUUCCACCAAAAAACCUCCCAAGAAAGCGAGUGAGAAAACAGAGUCGUCCUCAGCGCAGCAGGUAGCAGUGUCACGUCUCAGUGCUUCCAGCUCCAGCUCGGAUUCCAGUUCCUCGUCUUCAUCAUCAUCAUCUUCGGACACCAGUGAUUCAGACUCAGGCUAAGGGGCCAGGCCACAUGGGGCAGGAAGGCUCCGCAGGACCGGACCCCCUAUACUACCCUGCCCCACCAUUUUCCCUCUUGCUGUGACACUGUUCAUCUCACCCCCCUCCAUAGAGAGCUGGCUCUGCAGGGGGAGGGAUGCAGGGACAUUACUGAAGGAGGGACAUGGACAACUUAAGAUUCCCUGCCUUAUUGGGAAUGGCCUGUUCAGGAUGAUGUACAGGUGGGGCAAGGGUGUGGGGUGGGAGUGGGCAAAGGCCUGGCACAAGGUUACCUGAGGCUAUAGCUGCCCUGUUCACUUCUAAGGGCCCUGUUUUGAGGUUGUUUGUUCUAAUUUAUUUAAGCUAGAAGGCUGUAGGGAUGUGGUGCCGCAGUCCCCUCAGCCUCCAUGGGGAGGGAAGAAAGGGGAGCUCUUUUUUUACGUUGACUUUUUUUUUCUACUCUUUUCCCUUUUUUCUUCUGCUCCAUUUGGGGCCUUGGGGUUUCAGUCAUCUCCCCAUUUGGUCCCCUGGACUGUCUUGUCUUUGUCUCUUGAUCCUAACUUGUAAAUAAAGAAAAUGUUAUUCAA